AGACCUGGAUCUUUUGCUUUGCCAUACCCAGUGGCUCUGAAGCGAGUGAAAUAGGAUACAUUUCUCCGACUCAGGGAGAGGCAGAGGCAAGGAAUUGAUUUCAAGAUGUAUAAUAAUAAUACUACUGAACAUAAGCUAAAUGUGGAAGCCAUGAUUAAAAACAUUAACACAAUUUCUUUGGAGUUAAAGAAAAUGAAAGAGCUCUCCCAGUUACGGCUUUGUGACCUUACCCUACAUUUCAGUCGUCCUGUGAAGACAGAUGACUUAAAGGACACAGAAAGAGACAGCCCCCUCUCUGAAGAGUCUAAGACGUCAGAUGUAUCCCUUGCUUCUAACAGUUUUUAAAUCUGACUUUUAUUUGU